AUGAAAGCCCGCAAAGUGACACAGAUGAAUUUGACUGGGCUUCCGCGCUCAAAUGCCCAGUUCCUCUGCGCUACAAUCAACUAUGAAUGGGAUGGCAAUACAUCUGAGGGUGGUUCUAUUGAAAAGUGUUUCACUGAAGAAAUGGUCUUGGUCCUGUCUAUGGCUAUGGACAACGCUGAGGGCGACUUGGUCAUUCUUCCGGUGAGCGAUCUCCGUGUACGGGACAAGAAGUUGUGGCUGACCUCUAAGGAGAAGGUGGAUGAGCUCACCUACAAGAAGCUCAAGCCCUACAUUGACUGGUCCUGGAAUAAUGGCGCCCGAUUUGGCUACAACGCUAAGAACCCCGGCUCCAAGACUCUUUGCACCCGCAUUGGCGUCGCCCACAACUCUUCUCUGGAUGACAUGUCCCUACUACUGGGUUAA